UUUUCUUCCCUUCCCUCCCUAUUCUUCCCCUCCCCUUUUAUGUUUGUAUUGGGAAUAGAUGAACGCUAGUCAAGGACCAAUCUACACAAUGCUCAGGCUUCCAUUUUGUUUUCCUUCUGCCCAAAAAAUAGCACUUCACUACCCUCCUCUCUAUAUUCCAGAUCUCACAUUCUCUCUGUCCUCUCUUCGUAAUGUUUGCAGAGCCAUAAAGAGGGUGAUAGAAAUGUUAUAUUCAGAACCGAUCACUACACUGUUACUUUUCCUUAGCACCUCGGGUGCCGAGUGUCUCUGCAUUGAUUGUCAUUCACACAUAGAGAAUCUUCUCUCGUUAAGGCUGGAAGUACUAUUUGCCCAUGGAUACAAACAUAAAUAUUUCAUAGCCUAGUUCCAAGAGCGGAAGGUUUGUAUCCAUUUCUUAUUUAGGUGUUUCUGCAUGAUCAAGAUUUGUGAAAUACUAGACUCUUUAGUCUUUCUUUUUUAAAAGAAAAAGAUUAAAAAUUACACUUAUUUAGUGUGCACAGGUGGAGGUCAGGAAACCACGUGGGAAUUGGUUCUCCCCUUUUACCAUGUGGAUCCCAUGGACCAAAGAAAAAAAUCGUGUCCUCAGGCUUGGCAUCUUUUACACCUCUUGAAUCCUUGUCAGUCUUCCUUAUUUGUUUUGUUGCUUUUGUGGGAAGCUCCACAUUCAGUCUCUCCCUCUGUCAUUUUCCUUUAACGAGCUCUCUCCAACAGUGGAGUAGAUGCAGAACUAACACGGGGGAUAUCUGGGAUAUCUGAAAAAGCCAUUUGGAAACUUAGUGUUUCUUAAAUUCAUGUGAAGGAGUUUAAUUUGGGUUACCAUACAAAUCACGCCUCUCCCAGAAGUCACAGAUUGCCAAAUAAAAAGUCCACUGUCAAGAAUGGGACACCUCCCCUUAAGCUGUUGUUAAGCUAUCCCAGAGACACCCCCAAACAAUAAAGGCUGUUGCCACUGUUUCUGAUUGCCCAGGAAUUGAUGGUAAGUCCCUACUGUUGAAGACAGCAUGACCUUUAGUCACGGGACCUGGAGAAAUCAAGUUGGCACUGACCAGUAAGUUUCUCCCAUGCUGGCCAACUUUCAGAGGACUGGAUAGUGCUAUGUAGACUGCUGUUGGGGGGGGGCAUCAAUAACCCACCUAAUAACCUGUAAUAAUCACCAGUAAGGUAAUAUAUGCCAUGACUGCAAGGGUGGCACAAAGGUUUUGGGAGUAACAACUACUUUCUGAUUGGAUUUAAGGCCUGUUCCCUGGGAUGAAAUGCAUGUUUAGUACUAUAAACCAUCCAAAACCCAUACCUGGGAAGUUCCCAGGCUUUGGUGGUGAACCCAUCACUACUGUUUUGCUAAUGGAUAUGGUAGCAAAUAGUUCUCUACAUUUAUGUCUCUCUAUCCACAGACCAGCAUAGCUCUCACAUGUAAUGAGAGAGUUUUCUCUGUGCCACAGAUGGUGGUUAAUGCAGAAACUUACAAGUGAUCAAAAUGCAUAAAAUAAACAUCUCUGGUGCGCACUUAGCCAAUGGGACAUCUAUAUCACACCUUCUCCCAUGAAGGGUCAGGGACCAAGUAGAAGAGGAGGUGGGAGAUCAUAAGAGACGAAGACUGAGGAGGACCAAAGGAAAACAAUGAACCACUGCUCUCAUGAACACUCAGUAGCUGUAGCUGCUGUGUAAAACCUGCACAGGGUCAAGCCAGUCAAUAUUUACUGGUACGGGUGAAGUGGGGCUCAUGGGCCCCUGCUCCUGAGGUGCUAUUGUUAUGAGAUGGUUUCUAGGGAAGGGAGAGCAGCUUUCUUCAAGGGUGUGGUUCCUGGUAGAUAGACCAUAUGCCAGUGAAUGACCUCACACCCAGGAGUAUAUGAGGAACACAAAUUGGACUCAGUGGUUAUAAAAAAAGAGAAAAAGACAAAGACAGGACAUGAGAUUGAGAUUGAGGUGGGUGGCAGGAUCCUGGAAGAGCUAGGGGAAGAAGUAGAGAUGAAUAUGGUAAAAAUACACUGUAUAGGAGACCACUUCCUAAAUAUAAUACCAGUAGCACAGACAUUGAGAAAAACACUAACAAAUGGGACUUCCUAAAACUGAGAAGCUUCUAUAAAAGCAAAGGACACGGUCAACAAGACAAAAUAGCAGCCUACAGAAUGGGAAAAGCUCUUAACCAAGCCCACAUUGGACAGAGGGCUGAUCUCCAAAAUAUGCAAAGAACUCAAGAAACUGGUCAUCGAAAGAACAAAUAAUUCACUUAAAAAAUUGGUACAGAGAACUUUCAACAGAGAAAUCUAAAAUGGCUGGAAGACACUUAAGGAGAUGCUUAUCAUCCUUAGUCAUCAGAGAAAUGCAAAUCAAAACACUCUGAGAUUCCAUCUUACACCUGUAAGAAUAGCCAAGAUCAAAAACACUGAUAACAGCUUAUGCUGGAGAGGAUUUGGGGUAAAGGGAACACUCCUGCAUUGCUGGUGGGAGUGCAAACUGAUACAUCCCCUUUAGAUAUCAGUAUGGAAAUUUCUCAGAAAAUUAGGAAACGACCUACCUCAAGACCCAGCAAUAUCACUUUGGGUAUAUAUGCAAAGGAUGCUCAAUCAUUCCACCAGGACAUGUGCUCAACUAUGUUCAUAGCAGCAUUGUGUGUCAUAACCAGAACCUGGAAACAACCUAAAUGUCCCUCGACCAAAGAAUGGAUAAGGAAAAUGUGGUACAUUUACACCAUGGAGUACUACAUAGCAGAAAAAAAUAAUGACAUCUUGAAAUUUGCGGGCAAAUAGAUGGAUCUAGAAAACAUCAUAUUGAGGGAGGUAACCCAGACUCAGAAAGACAAAUAUUAUAUGUACUCUCUCAUAAGUAACUUUUAGACAUAAAGCGAAGAAAGCCAGCCUACAAUUCACAACCCCAGAGAACCUAUACAACAAAGAUAACUCAUCAACUGGGUGGAUUCUGUUGGGAAAUCUUCACCAAAGGUUUUGAGGAUAAUUUUGGAGAUGUACUGAUUUUAUGGCAGAGAAAACCACCGUUUGUUGCGACCCAUCUGUAUAUUUUGCCCCCCCCCCUUCCACGAGGUAGGCCUAGACAGAAGCAAUCAAUGAGCUAUCCAGUAAUGGCUCUGAGCUGGGUUUUAACUAGCAUCAUUCCCUGCAUAACGAUGGCAUCACAGUACCUCAUUCCAGUGGCAAUGUUACAGCUUUGGAAUGGAUCUAGUGACUCAUUUCAUCUUUCAACUGACGUAUAGACUUUAGGCAGAUAAGUAAGUGCCUCUUGGCUUAAGCCAGAGGGCAUGGUGGAACAUUCCAGUUGCUUAUCUGGUUCUGUAAUUGGGUUUACUCCCAGUGGCACCUGUGAGCACUGAAGACGUGUCGUAAACAGUAAUGUAUGUAGUAGGAAGGUACAGGGCAGCCUAGGGUUUGCCUCAUUUGUGCUAUGAGAAGAAUAUAGUCAUGGAAAACACACAGGUCAAAAUGGAGGCUUGUAUAGGGUCAGGGCAUGGUGGAAAACAUCUACUGGUUAAACUGGAUUGUUAUAUGCUGGUUUGAAUUAUGAGGCUGACAUAUUGCAAGAGCUUAGGGUCAUCUUCUACUAAAUAGAAAUGAAGUCAUCAGGUAGCAAGAUCUAUAAAAAUUGUUUUAUGUUAUUGAAAUAUGUGAACAACUUUUGAUAUCCUCUACUUCCUGUAGAGAGUUCCGGGGCUAGUAUUUGCAUAUUGUGAGCAAAGAGGUUGAGAGCCAAAGAGCAUGAUGACUUCCCCAGUCACUCAUGAGCUACUGCCAUGGAUGCUUAGGCAAUUAGUCAUUCUUCAGCCCCAGAAGACACAACAAUCUGUUCUAAAACUGUCCCGUGGACACAUUUUUCCUAACCGUACAAAGCUACUUCACAAUUAAAUUACCAAAAAGGUUGGUAGCCCUAUCAACUGUCCCCCAUGAGGUUUUCCUUGGUGUAUCCUGUAAACCGCAGAACAAGAUGGAUCACUGUGAUCCUGGCAGAGUUAUGUCUUUUCUGGGGCUAGCCACAAACCUACAAAGGCAGCGAAAACUUUGAAAGGGCAAUCUUACUGUAUUUAUGAAAACAUGCUGUGAGAAUGGCAAGAUAAUAUGACCCUGAUUCUCUCCCAGUGGCAUUUUUUCAAUUUAAAAAAAAUUUUGUUGUUGUUGUUGUUUUAUUAGAAAAACCACUGAAAGUAGAAAUAAAAAGUAACUUUUCAAGGUUAUAUUUCCAAGUUCAAUUCACUUCUUAAAUUAGGGUCUGGGUCCUUUCUGCACUUGGUUUUGAAAACAAUUUGCUAUUUUUCCUUCUUUCCUAAAAUAUAUAUUUAUUUUUAUUUCUUUUUUUAUCUAUUUAUUUUUUUAUUUUUAUUUUUUAUUUAUUUUUAUUUCUAUGUGCAUUGGUAUUUUGUCUACUUGUAAGUCUGUGUGAGGGUAUAGGAUUUACUGGAACUAAAGUUAUAGAUAGUUGUGAACUGCCAUGUGGGUACUGAGAAUUGAAAUUGGGUCCUCUGGAAGAAUAGUUGGUGCUCUUAACUGUUCUUAAGUGGGCUUAGCAAUAUGUUUUUAAAAAGAUACAGAAAAAAAUGAGAAAAUAAAAGGUAAGAACUUCCUACAAUGGGGGAUAAUUCUAUUUUAAUGUUGGUGAAUUUCCUUCAGGUUUGUUGACAUAAAUAUAAGUAAACAUGAUUUUCUAUGAUGAUUUAGCCCAUCUUUUAUGAUCUUGCUUCUUACUUGUCUCCUAUCACUAUGUGACAGCGUUCCUUGUCUUAUAAGUACUUCAAAGAUCACCUUGCCUGCACUCGCCUGAGCCCAGCAGAUGUCCACACAGCGACUAUCCACAGAGUUGCGCCACGGGCCCAUGGAGAGGACAUGGGCAGAGCGAUGGUGGAUAGACUGGGUCUGGGGUUGCUGCUUCUGGCACUGCUCCUACCCACACAGAUUGAUUGCAACCAAACAUCUGUUGCACCGUUUUCAAGUAACCAGAAUAUCUCUACUGCCCCAAAUCCAACUAAUGCCACCAGCAGAGCAGGUGGCAGGGCCCUGCAGUCAACAGCCUGUCUCCUCACCGUUUCACUUUCUCCUCUACAUCUCUACUGUUAGAGACUCAGGCCAAGGAACAUCUCUACUUCCCCGUCCUCUAGAGCCACCCCAGAUGAUAACCACAAAUCCAGUGUAACCCAGAAGAAACAGGUCCACAUCAAAUUUGCUACUACCACACCUCAACAGAAAGCAUGGAGAAUUCAUGAGAAAAAAGGUUUGACAGAUGGUGAAUGCCAAUAUUGAAUCUGCUGGAAUUUUAUGAUCACGAUGAAGAUAACAGCCAGAGCUGACAUGAUUUCCUUGAAUGUGGCUUAAGAAAUGUGGACACUUAAAACUCUAACUUGAAAUCAAUGUAGGCUUUAUGUAGAGAUAAUGAUGGGCUGUGGGACAAAGAUUCAGUUUUCAUUGGCUCAUUCAACCUAUAAGGCCAUAACACAGUUAGGUGACCUUAAGAAGCUUCUCUGAUGCUAUUUAUGUAUAUGUUGGAAGGAACUACCAGGUGUUACUUUAAAUCCUCACUGUAUUGUUUCCUUACUACUAAUUUAAUAUGCUAAACUCUAGGUAAAGUUCUCCAUUGUUGAGUUGUUCUCUUUGGAAUUGAACAUUUUACCCACUCCAGUGACUUUAGGUUUGACAUUAUAUUUGACCCUUAUUAGUAUUUGACAUGUGCCAGGCAACAACAGAUUGGAAUCCACCCCCAAAUCCAGCCAUCAUUAAAUAAAUCUUAUUUCAAAAGUCAAAUAGUAGGCAUUUUCCAUCAUCUUUUUUUCACUCAGCAAGUGUGCCAGAUUCCCUUAAGUAAACCGGUUCCAGAGAGCAGAAUUGGGUUGACUUAAGCCAAUUUCAAAAUGCUGCUUUUUAUUUCUGCAUAUGUUGAGGGGUUUUCAAAAUUUAAAGUGUGGUCUGUUUGGAAGGCAAAUUUAUGAAUCUUGAGAUUCUAAAGGCAAAUAUACAAAGGAGUCAAAACCAUAAACCUAGCCUUUGGGACUUGAAGCCUGGAAGCUAACUUGCAUUGAAUUCACAAUCUUUUAUACAAUUUCUGUAAAUACUCUUUUAAAAGCAGAGAAACAAAACAAUGGAUCAGAAUAGCCACAUUUGGAAUGGUUUGGUUAUCAGUUCAUAUUUUUAGAUAGUUUGACAUUGGUCCCGUACCUGGAAGGGAGCUUGGCUUUACUGUGAGUUUUUCCAAUGUCUCGAUA